CGAGUCAAACUUUGUACUGUGCUUACCCACAAGUCCUCGAGUCGUAGUCCGGUUGUUGUGGGUUUUGGGAUUAUCUGUUGCAGGUUAAUCUUCUUUUCCCAGUAGGUUUCCUUUAUCAGCACAGGACAUGGCAACCAGCUCUUCCUCCCAAAGGAUUGGAGUUGUUGGCUACGGACAUCUAGGGCAGUACCUGGUGGAGAGGAUCCUUAAAGAUGGAGCUGCUCUCGGUCUAACGCUGGCUUUUGUUUGGAACAGAAAUUCUGACAAGCUCAAAGGUUUAGUUCCUGAUGAACUAAUACUUGGUGACCUAUCAUCCUUUGCAGACAGGCGAUGUGAUGUGAUUGUAGAGGUGUGCCAUCCACAGAUAGUGAAAGAAUUUGGCUCUCACUUCCUGUCUCAGUCUCAUUUCAUGGUGGGCUCUCCUUCUGCCCUUUCUGAUCCUGAUCUGAACCAGAAGCUGCGUCAGGUGGCUCAGCAGUUUGGUAGGACACUCUACGUCCCCAGUGGUGCAUUGUGGGGGGGCCAGGACAUCCAGAGGCUGAAUGACAGUGGAACCUUGAAGGCUUUGUUUAUAAGAAUGUCCAAGCAUCCAUCCUGCUUCCGGCUCACAGGAGACAUCCUCUCUGAUUGGACGGAGGAGGAGGGCAGGCGUGUUUUAUUCAGAGGCUCGGUGGCAGAGUUGUGCCCACUUGCUCCAAACAACGUUAACACCAUGGCAGCAGCAGCAGUGGCAGCAGGAACACUCGGCUUUACUGGUGUUCAGGGAGAGAUUGUGUCUGAUACAGCGUUAAGUGACUUUCAUGUGGUGGAGGUGGAGGUGACUGGGCCCAGUGGCUUCUCAGUGCACACAGUGAGGAGGAAUCCAGCCAAACUCGGAGCUGUAACCGGCAGUGCAACAUACAACUCCUUCUGGAAUAGUUUACUUGUUUGCAAAGGUCACGGGGGUCGAGUUUACUUGUGCUGAAGCGGAUGAGAACUCUACGACAAAGCAAGAAGAUCCAGAUAAAUCAGUGUGGAUGGUGUCACUGGAUCCUUAUGUUACUGAGAACUUGAAAACCCACAGACCCUUGAAUAUAUGAGUUCCAAUAAA